GAGCCGGGCUCAACUUGCUCCUGAACCGCCCUCCUUCUGCCGUAUAUGGGAGCAGAGUGCGGCACAAAGAUGGGGAUUUGAGCUCGUCAAGCUUCUCACACCGCUGUGGCCCCGCCGGCUCCUGCAGCAUCCUAUGCCCAUCAUGGAGUCCUACAUUGUCGAAUGGCUGCUCUGCGAAAUCUCCAGAACCGAUGAAGAGUUCUGGCGUGUCUAA